UUUUUAUACUUUAUUUAAAAGAAAAAAAAAAAAAAAAAACCGUGAGCCCCAUGAAGUCAGAAAAGGGCUUCACUUUGCUUUCCCAAAUUCUCACAAUCCCUUAAUUUUCAACCGAACUUCACUCCCCACCUUCGAUCUUCCAAUUUCCACUUGAUUCUCAACUUGCUUUGCCAUGAAAAGGGCAAUGCCAUGGAGUGAUGAAGAGGACAAUUCCUCAUCUUUAUCACAGUCGGAUUCAGACGGCGAUGAAGAUAAUGGCGAGACAAAAGCCAGCUUUCGAGUUAAAGGUGGCCGUUCCUCUAAAGAAAAAGACACUGAAGUCAAAUCUGGAGGAAAGCGGAAAAGUGUUGCUGUGGACUUCGAUACAUUGCAACGCCAUGGCUACAGAGGUGGUCCAUCAGUCUUGAAAGUACCACCUCCAAAGGAGAAUGAGAAGCAAGAUUGGUCAUGGUCUACUGGCAGGGAAACUCGGGAAAACAGAGAAACCGAAGAAUCAUAUGAAGAGAGACAGAAAACAAGGGCUGCAUUAGAAAAUGGGGAGCAGCUGCUAACAGCACAAACUCGGAAGGAGAAAGAGAGGGAGAAGGAGAAGGAGAGGGAGAAGAAGAAUGUUUCCUUCUCCCAAAAGGAAAAGAGGAAAAGAGAGCUUGGUCAAGCAAGCAGGGGGAAAAACUAUGUUGAAGAAGAAAAGAGAAUGUUGAGGGAAAGCGGCAUCUACUCAGGUUUUGAUACUUGACCAUCCAUUGCAACUAACUUAUUAUUUACCCAGAAAAAAGCAGCUGAGAGGAACUGAAGUUGAUGCACUGCAAAAUGUCGGACAAAUGUUAUUCGUUGAGGUUCAGUCCCCAUAUGUAGAGGCAACUAUCAUCUGCAUGGAUUUAAGGUGCAUAUGAAAAUUGUGUAUAGCUGAUUUUGUACCAUUUUUACUGGGUGUUCAGUUGCGUCAAGAAUGAUGUUUUUUAUGGUCAUGGAUAAAACAGCUUCAGUAACCCAACAGUUGUAUAUGACGGUGAAAGAAGAACUUGGAUUUUUAAA